CACCACUGACUCACUUCAGUUGGGUGCGUCAGCUUCUGGAGAAAUGUCGACGUCGUCGUUGUUGUGUGUUGUCAUUUGGCGUUCGGACCGGAAUUGAAUUUCACUGGGGAUCCCAAUCAAUUUCCCUCACCUGCAGUGAGUCCUCGAAGAAGAUUUGCCGUGCCGAGAGUAUGUGAAUCUGGUGUGCGUGUCGCGCAAAGAACGUUGCCGCGAAACCGAUUUCAUUUGCGGAGUGCUUGCGAGCAGCGGAGGAAAGAAAAGUUCCAGCCGCAGUCGGAACCAUCGUGUGCCAGUGCGACGAGAGUCGGAUCGAAAGUCGUCGGGCGUGGAAGAUCGAGUUCGCCGCACAGCCUAGAAAGAAUCUAUCGCAAGGCGACAGCGAGCUGUUGCCGGAACCGUAUCGCGUAAGGAAAAACUUGGAUUUGGAGCCUUCGGUGCCUGCUCGCCCCGCACGGCCUGCCGUUCUGUUUAUCGUGCGCUAUCGGUUCUCGUCUGUGGCUCGGCUCGUCCGCACAAUGUCCGGCCAGGAUUUGGCUUCGAGCGGAAAGAUUCUAAUUUGACGCGUUCGGGGUCGAGUGCGGUGCAAGUGCCUGUCUGCUCGCCGCCGUUGCCAACCGCAAUCGGAGGAGGAUCGGACGACCACAAAGAGAUCGUUGUGCAGAAGUGAUUGUGAAUUCGCUGCCGACUCAUCUGGUCGCGGCGGAGAUUCUUGUGCCGAAGGAGGAAUUUUACCGCUGCGUCGCCCGCGUGUGCAUGUGUCGUCCACCCAGCCGCAGCGCAAACCCAUCUAGCCCCUGCUAGGCCGCCGCUGAACGGGAGCCCCAACCAAGCCCGCGGAGUCUGCCGUCGCAAGCAAUCGAAAAACAUAACCCGCGAUCGAAAGCUCCAGCAAGACACCAAAAUGGCGCAUCAAAUGGCCCCGUCGGUGAAUUGUUCACUAGACGAUAUCGAUUUGAGCACAUUGAAGGAACCAGCCGGUAUCUUUGAAUUAAUUGAAGUUGUUGGAAAUGGAACUUAUGGUCAAGUUUAUAAAGGCCGGCACACAAAGACUGGACAAUUAGCUGCCAUCAAAGUAAUGGACGUAACCGAAGAUGAAGAGGAAGAGAUAAAAUUAGAAAUAAAUGUUCUAAAGAAAUACUCAAAUCAUCGUAAUAUUGCAACAUAUUACGGUGCAUUUAUCAAAAAGUCGCUCCCAGGCAAGGACGACCAGCUAUGGCUUGUUAUGGAAUAUUGUGGUGCUGGUUCCGUGACGGAUCUCGUAAAGUCAACAAAAGGACAGAGCUUGAAAGAAGAAUGGAUCGCGUAUAUCAGUCGAGAAAUAUUACGUGGUCUUAGCUAUUUACAUUCAAAUAAAGUCAUACACAGAGAUAUAAAGGGACAAAAUGUACUAUUAACAGAUAAUGCUGAAGUAAAAUUAGUAGAUUUUGGCGUAUCAGCACAAUUAGAUCGUACAAUAGGAAGAAGAAAUACAUUUAUUGGUACCCCGUAUUGGAUGGCUCCAGAGGUGAUUGCGUGUGAUGAAAAUCCCGAAGCAACCUACGAUAAUCGAUCAGAUCUGUGGUCUUUGGGUAUAACUGCUCUAGAGAUGGCCGAAUCUCAGCCACCAUUAUGUGACUUACAUCCCAUGCGGGCAUUAUUCCUAAUUCCUCGAAAUCUACCCCCGCGACUGAAAUCGAAAAAGUGGUCAAAGAAAUUUCAUGGUUUCAUCGAAACAGUUCUCGUGAAAGACUAUCAUCAAAGGCCUUACACAGAACAACUACUGCGGCAUUCCUUUAUCAAAGAUCAACCGACUGAACGACAAGUGAGAAUUCAAUUGAAAGAUCAUAUCGACCGUUGCAAGAAACGAAAACAAGAAAAAGAACGGGAAGAUUAUCAUUAUUCUGGUUCGGAUAACGACGACGAAGAGCCGCAAAUUGCUGGCGAACCCUCGUCUAUCAUACAAGCACCUGGAGGUGAUACACUCCGCCGUAAUUUCCAGCAAAUUCAAGAAGGGCGUACCAACGCUAACAAUGAACAACAGCCACAAGUGAAUAGAAAUCAAAAGCCGCAAUCGCGUGAUCAACGCCAGCAGAUUGAGGAGCCUGGGCCACCAGCCCGUCCUGCCCUUCCACAACGGCUAAUCAUAGUUCCCGAUCCACCGCAACAGCAUGCAAAUCGACCGUUGCCACCAACACCGAAAAUUUCUUCAAGUUCUUCUUCGUCAGCAGCACAACAACAGACACCACAACAACAGCAAAGGAAUUCUCAGAAUAUGCUUAAGCCGGUGCUUCCGCCCAGAAAGCCUGAGGAUUUGGACAUGUUAGCUGCACAAUUAAAUGAAUUGGGCGUCUCUCAACAGUCACGGCAAAAAUCAUCCGAGCAAGCAGGCAAGGAGUCGCAUCAACGAUCGGAUGUAGCGCCUGCAGUGAACGUUCGUCAUUCAAAUUCCUCAGCGCCCGGCCAGUUGAAACCAGCUCCUGCGCCUCCAGCUUCUAAUAAUCACCACGUCGAAUCAGUUAAUCCUUUGGAUCCAAUUGACAGCAGUGAUACAGACAGUGAACCAGAUGAACCGAAUGACCGCGGCAGGAAUGAUGGAACUCUCUUGGCUAGCGAUCCACCGAAACCGCUUCCUGAAUUUUCAUAUAGGCCAGGAUUAGGUCCGCUUUCGGAAGACUCAUCUAAUGCACCACCAACCCAUGGAUCAGGAGGCCCACCAAACCGACCACUACCACCAACUCCAGACGAUGACGAUCAAGCUGGCGACCGCACGUUAAUCAUGAAAAGGAAAUUCGAGACCCAAUCUUCAAUAGCUUCCACAUCUUCAACUGCUUCCGAGAAUGAAAAUGAAGAAACGGUCCUUCUUCGGGAUUGGGACUUUGAGAAAUUUUUCCCGAACCGCACGUCCUUGGAUCGAUCCAAAAGCAGUACUUUGGUGUCGAACAGUCACCUGGAUCGGAACAAUCGAAUCAAUUGUUCAGUUCCCACUUGCAAAGUCGCCGUUCAAAGUGGUCAACAACAGAGGAAAAUAUCAGCCCCAUCGUCGUCAUCAUCUUCAACUGCAAAUGACAAGAAAAAGGCUGAAGAAUACAAUAAUAAAGUAAAAUUGGAAGAAAGAGUAAAAAGUGAGAUGCUGGCUGCAAAUCAAAAAUUAGAUAACAUCUCGAAUAUUCAAAAAAGUAGUUCAUCCUCUUCUGCGAAUAAUAGCAGCAAUAGUAAUAAUAAUAAGAACCAUAAAAGACAAGAUAGCGAAUCAAAACUUCCACUAAAUUUCGUUCGGGGAUUUAGAAGGGAAAAAUCCGACUUUUUCCCAUUGUCUAAGCGCCACUCGGCGAUUUUGGGUGAACGCCUAAGCCCCGUUAACAUAUCCGCGCAACUUCGUUCCAGCGCAAUAUUCCAACGUAAUCGGAAUAAAGGUGAACCAGUAUUAACAGAUUUUGUGACUAAAGCGGCAGAACAGCAAUCUCAAGCACCGCAUGCAAAUAAGAAGCAGCAAGGCCAAAUGAUGACAUCUCAGCAGCAAAAUAUUUCUGUGACUUCGUCUUCCUCGCCGUCAAAUAGUAGAAACGAGUCAAGCUGGACAAAUACACUGACAUCCAGAAAUCUGGAUUUCUUAAGACCGAGGCGUGAAAAAACCGAGUCUGUUAUAUUUGUGCGGAAUUCGACGGCUCGUCAGCAAAUGUUGUUAGCACAACAGAACCGAAGUGGGGAAAGUAGUGGUCUAGGUACACCAGGCACUCGAACAAGUAGUGUGCUGCCCGAUUUAUUAAGUCAAGCGUCACCCGCGACACCACCACGGCAUGAUAAAUCUUCCAGUGAAGAGCGAUGCAUUCCUUACCGUGCGGCCAUCAGCUCGUCAGUGCAUUCCACACCAUCGAAAUCCUUUAUCGCCAAUUCCUCACCUCAGUCCACAGUGUCCUCUUCCUCCUCAAGACAUAAUAGCCCUAACCAAUCAAUUAAUAAUAAAAAUGGAAUGUCAAAUAAUAAAACUCCUCCCUCCCUCCCACCGCACGCAUAUGCUCUCCAACAGAAACAACGCAGUUUCCUUACAUUCGGAUUUGGGGCCGGGUCUUCCGGGUCGGGUCCAUCACGUCGUGAAAGUCACGUGAAUGUUAAUGUAACGCCAACUUCACAUGAUGCUGCCAGCGAUACUCCCGAAAUUCGUAAAUAUAAGAAACGUUUCAAUUCUGAAAUUUUGUGUGCUGCACUCUGGGGUGUUAAUUUAUUAAUAGGAACCGAAAAUGGUUUGAUGCUAUUGGAUCGUUCUGGUCAAGGAAAAGUAUAUCAACUUAUAUCACGUAGACGCUUCCAGCAAAUGGAAGUUUUAGAAGGACAAAAUAUUCUAGUGACAAUAUCUGGAAAGAAAAAUCGUGUUCGAGUGUACUAUUUAUCAUGGUUAAAAUCGAAAAUAUUACGAACCGAUGGUUUAUCAGAUCAAGUCGAAAGACGUCACGGUUGGAUAAACGUUGGAGAACUUCAAGGCGCCAUUCAUUUUAAAAUAGUAAAAUAUGAAAGAAUUAAGUUUCUUGUGAUUGCUUUAAAAGACUCGAUCGAAAUCUAUGCAUGGGCACCGAAGCCUUAUCACAAAUUCAUGGCAUUUAAGAAUUUCGGUGAAUUAAAUCACCGUCCAUUGCUUGUAGAUCUCACGAUUGAAGACCAGUCACGGCUUAAAGUGAUUUACGGCUCUGCGGAAGGCUUUCAUGCUGUCGAUUUGGAUUCAGCCGCAGUUUACAAUAUAUAUCUUCCUAAACAUACUCAGGGUUCGAUUGUACCACAUUGUAUAGUAACUCUUCCUAAUUCUAAUGGCAUGCAGUUGCUGCUUUGUUAUGAUAAUGAAGGUGUAUAUGUUACAACCAGUGGUCGGGUAUCGAAAAAUAUUGUGCUGCAGUGGGGCGAAAUGCCUACGUCGGUGGCAUACAUUGGUACUGGUCAGAUUAUGGGCUGGGGCAAUAAGGCAAUUGAGAUUCGUUCCGUCGAAACAGGACAUUUAGAUGGCGUGUUCAUGCACAAGAAGGCUCAACGUCUAAAGUUCUUGUGCGAAAGGAACGACAAAGUGUUCUUCAGUAGUGCCAAAGGUGCUUCAUCGUGUCAGAUAUAUUUCAUGACGCUCAAUAAGCCCGGAAUGGCUAAUUGCUUAAACAAUUUGCCAAAUUACACGUGUGGAUAUUCAUAAAAUAUGAAGUGAGAAGAGUAAUGAAAGCAAGUAAUUCUGAAUAGCUUCCCUUCGCGUACAAACGGGUACGUUGUCCAAACAAACGUUUAAAUUGUAAGAACAAAAGUAUUUCCUCUUCCUAUUUCGUUGCGUAAGAAUAUUUUCAUUCGUUUUUGUUUUUUUCCUUUUUAUAUGAAUAUAUACCUAUUAUUAUAUAAAUAUGCAAAGAAACGCCAUUUAUACAGAAAUGAAAUUUUUACAAGAUACGUGAGAAACAUUUAGAAAAAUAUGAACUAUAAAUAAAUUAAAUAAAAUUUGCAACACUAAAAGUCUUAGUCUAAGGUACAAAUAAGUUUUCUAAGAAAGAAAAAGAACAUUAUCAUUUGAAAAAUGCGCAUAAAUGUUGAAAUUAAAUUUAGAAAGGAUAUGAUAAAUUCAAAUAUCAGUUAUACUUCCACUCUUGUUUUAUAUGAACUGAUCGGAAAAUCUCCUUCUUAGUUUAUUUAGUUUUCGGUGUUGAUUACAGUAUUAGGUUAGUUGACAUAUAAACAGAAAAUAUAUGAAAGGAAAUUAGUAGAAGUGAAAGAAAUUUUUAAAUAACAGAACUUUGAAAUAUUAACUUUUUGUAUGAUGUAAAAUAUGAUAAACAAGAAGAGAAUGAUUCUGCUCGCAUCCAUGCAUUUUCCCUUCAAUUCGAACUUCAACUGUUAAAACGUUUUAUUUUUUAUUAUUUUAAUUUCCAAGUUUAUCAAAUUAGAUUGGCGUUUCAUCUGUUGUUUGUGUUUUAUUGAAUAUUCCAUUUUUUAUUUUUAAAUGAAAUAUAUAGCCGGUCACAAAAUAUUGUCAAAUAAAUUUUUGUUUCUUA